AUGCCCUUUUCGCUGUUCCGAGCCAUCGCUGUGCGACGCACUCGCUUGCUCGCCACCGAGGCUUGUUCCACACGCACCUUCUGCACAGCACCGCUGGUGAGAUCAGCAGUGAAACCGGGCAGCGAGAGCGAAGCGACUACGCCUGGUGCUGGUUCGACGGAAGAGAUCGCCAACAGUCAGGGUGCCUACGACGGCUCACGUACCAACCCCGAGUCCUCGACGAGCAAGAUCGAAAGCGAAACCCACGCCAACUUCGACUCGAGUAGCGCCAACAAGGAGGCUUCAGACAUGGCGACCAAAGCGCAACACCAGUCCGACCGACGUCCAUCCAAACAGGAGCAGUCUCAACCGGAUACGUCCCACUUUGGUGCAAGCGGAGCGACCCAAAAAGCCAGAGAUGUCCAGCAGUCCAAGUAA